GCUGGACCACACUCUCUGAAAAUUGAAGCCCUAGAAAUUAGUCUCUUCUUCCCCAAAUUUCCCUCCAUGAAAUGGGACAUGGAAAUCGAAGAUAUUGAGGCGGUGCUCGAGAAGAUUUGGGACCUGCACGAUAAGAUCAGCGACGCCAUCCACUCAAUUUCGAGAGCUCACUUCCUCAGCUCUGUCAAUGCCCUGAGAAGUUCCGACAAGAAGAAGCCGCACACCAACGACGUCGCUGUUGAUGAGAACCGAACCGGCUACGUCUACGUGAAGGACUUCCGACACGACCACGACGAUGACUCGGUGAUUCGGGAGGCCAAGAGCCUCAAUGCGAUUCGGACCGCGCUCGAGAACCUGGAGGACCAGCUCGAGUUUUUCCAUUUGCAUCGCUCAAAGGACGAAAUACUCUGUUUCUGCAACUGCUGCGUGACUGUGCAGGUGCAGCAGCGGGCUGAGAGAGAUGCUGCGAUUGCACGGUUAGAGCAAAGCCGUAUUGUUUUAGCAAUGAGAUUGUCUGAACACCAUGGUAAGAAAUACCAAGUUAUUGAAGAAGCUCUUGCCUUUGUGGGAGAUGUCUGUGAUGCAAGUCGCUUCGUUUCACCUGAAAAUCUUUAUGGUCCUCCAAUCAGUCCUGCUGAGAAAUUGGAAGCCUGUGAAGGGAAGAGGUCAAAUAUUAUAAUCAAAGUUCUCAUUUCAAGUAUCAAUUUUGCGAAGAAAUCCCUUCAAUUGGAUAAUAUGGGUGGAAUACUUGGCAACGCUGGUUUGGUGGCAGUUAGCAUGAUUGCAUUGGUGCAUCUGAAUCAAGUAGCUAUGAGGGAGCAUCCACAGAAGCUGGAAGACAACAGAAAUGCUAGAAAAACUUCCCGGGUAGAGGGGACUUCGUCGACCAGUCGUUUCAGCAACUUGGAUGUGCUAUUGGCUAGGGGUUAGCUCAGAAGUCUUAAAUUUCUGUAGCACAGAAUUAAAUGGUAGUUAACCAAACUGUUGGUAUAGUUGUAUUUCAUCCCACGGAAAGUUUGCAGAAUUUGGCAAAAGAGGUUUGGUAAUGAGUAAUCCCUUAGGUUGUUCUUUUUCAAACUGCAGUAGAGGCAUAAAGCUUCCUCUUCUCCUUUAGGCUAUGGGCGAAGGUUUGGUAAACAUAUACCCGUAAAUGUUUUUUUACAGGUGGUUCGGCUUCCUCCCUGUUCUCAUUUGAAAUUCUUUUGUGUAUAUUGAGCACUCUGAUAUCUACAGAUUGUUGAUAUACCAAA